UGAACAUACAUCCAGAUGGGCUGUGUCACAAUCUGGGAGAGCUCCCUGAGCGGUGGGGACGGCGGGCUCCUCACACCGCACCCUCCCCUCGCUCUCUGCACCCGGAAGCCAUCAGACCGACCCCUGCCCGGGCGUGGGCGGCUGAGGGGGCGGCGGGGGACGGUUGGUGGCCCGUGUAGACACAGAGGCCCGGGCGGGCGCGUCCUGCGGGCAGGGAGCAAGUUUGGGAGGCGCAGGCAGGCUGGCAAGGACCUGCGCCCCCAGACCCCGCCGCCCUGCGGCCCCAGUCCUCCGCCGCCCCCUGCCGGGCCGCAGGGAAUCAAGCCACUCGCUCUGAGGAACAGAGAACUGGGGGAAGGUUCUAGAAGGAGCCAGGGUAGCACCCACGAGGUGGCAGUGUGGGGAGCCAGGACGGGCCCUGGGACGCUAGGAUCUCUGCUGAGGCCGGGCUUGGCGCCCACUGAAGAGAUGGCCCUGCUACCCUUGCUCCUGGUCUUGGGCCUGCCUCUGGUGCAGGCAGAAACCAACAGCACUGCCAGACAAGCGGCACGGCUGCAGUGCCACGUUUGUGAGGAAGAGAACGACUUCGCCUGCAAGAACCCAUCACAAUGUGGAGAACAUGAGAAGUUUUGUGGUAUCAUUACCGUGAGUGAGUACUGUCAUUCAUGUUGGGGGCCCGCAGACAGAUGGAUAGAAUCCUUUGAGGAAUCAGGAUCUGUCUAGUUUUCUUCAACAGAA